AUGUCCGAAGCUUCAAAACAGCCUGCUAAAGUGGGCCCGGCCAGUGCAAUUGCUUCAGCUCGACGUGAUGUCAGUCAACUUAUUGAAGAUCUCAUUAGAGAUCUGGACAGAAAGAUGAGUGAUGGCCAAGAAAAUCAGCCGAAUCCUGGUUCUCCCGGGCACGUCGCAGUUGCAACCGCUGUGCGAGAUAACUCGGCCUUCUCCGACACAUCCGCAGGUUCUGAGCGUGUCGCCACGGCACUUUCACCGACUGCUCAAAUGCAACAAACGCUGGAAAAUGAACGACCACCGGCGAAAGGAACGGCCGCUGCAAGGUCUAGAAGUUCGUCAGUAGAAAGGCCAGCUUUCACUAGGACUGCAUACCAACAACCGUCUUAUAGGCCAAUUAUUCCUGCACCAAACACUGCAGUACUUCAUGGACCGUUUGGUCCAACGAUCAUUUCAGCAGUCCCAGCCUCGAGAUCCAGAGCUGAUCGUAAAAUUGCCCAGCAGCAGAGUGCCAGGACGCCUUUGAGACAAACGUCGACUUUACCGGCUAAUGCUGACAUACUCCAUGGACCAUCGGGUCCCACUGUAGUGAUUGCAUCCGACACUGCCGUUCUGCACGGGCCGUCCGGGAGCUCAAUAAUCUCAACAGCGUCAGCCUCAACUUCCAGAACCAACUCAGCCUCGAAAUCCAAAACCAUUCCAGUCUCGAGAUCCAAAACCAACCCUAAGAGGGCGCGGCGGCAGGCCACUUUGAAACCUUUGAGACAAACGUCGGCCAUUCCAGCAAACGCAAACAUACUUCAUGGACCAUCAGGUCCUACUGUGAUAGUGGCAUCCAACACGGCGGUACUGCACGGACCGUCCGGGCCAUCAAUUAUAUCGACGGCAGCAGCGAGCUCAACAACUAGGGCACGGGUUGGUGAGGACAAAACGGCAAAAACUGUAAGCGAAAUCAGAUCAAGACAAAGUGAAGCAAAGUUGCGCCAAUCUUCGACCUCGCCAGGACAGGCAGCGCUUUCCACUAGAACGGCACUUAAUACGGAUUUCUUUUCGCCAACAUCAGCAUCCGGAAGUAGACCCCUCACCGCCGUCGACAAAGAUAGUUGGAAUCUAGCCCGAAAUGCUAGCAGCGAUACCGCAGCAUCACCGCGACUGGCAACAGCUCGAAGUCAAUCAACCAAAACCGCACUGCUAGCGUCAGGUGGAUCCUCAGCCUCACCUAUGUCACCGAUUCCUAAUACGGCAAGAUUGCCGUCAUCUAGCGAUGUGUUUGCAGAGCUGUCGGACGAGAAGAAAUCGCAAGAAGUCGGAAUCGACGAGUUUCUUCAUAAGCCUGCAAGUGACCAACAAAAGCAGUCCGCAUCAUCUCCAUCCCAUUCAGGAGCAACUCCACAUUCUAAAAGAAAGGAAGUGGUCUCUCUUCAAAGCUUAUGGCUGCUAGAUUCCGCUCAGCAGCCCCAAGAUCAAGAUACUUUCCAAACUGCACGAGCAAGGACACCUCUGGAUGCACGUGCCAGAGCAGGAUCAGGACCACCAACCUAUCAGUCCCAAUCUCCUCUGCGCACAGCCAUCAAAGAUUCGAUGUCACCAACUCCAGGUGUGACAACUGCAGCAGAAAUUCCAAUGUCACCGACACCCGGAGUAAACACAGCUAUCGAAGACAGCACUCGGACAGCUCUACCGAACUUUACUCCGACGUCGGGUGUCUACACAGCCCGCAGCAUCGACAGGACAGCCCUGGUGUUUGCUGACCCUAUGUCUUUGCGAUUCCACGAUCCUCCGUUUAUGAAGAAGGUCCCAGCUAAUAAGAAAUCCAAACCUGAGUUUCAGGAAGCGAGAGCAGAGGACCUACUGGCAGAAUUGUGCAGGCUUUAUCAACAAAACCAACAUCAGCAAGUGGCUCCACCUAUUUCGCCGUAUAGUUCUACAAGUUCUAGUGGUCCCGAUACACCAGAAGUUCGCACGGCGAGGGCCAUUGCUCGUCGACGUGGUUUGUUCGGGCCCCCAAGCCAGUUAUCACAGCCUUCAGGAGGAGUUCGACUUGGCAGGUUGAACCGGCCUGGCGUUAGCACUUCAUCGAGUGCUGAAAGCGGUAAUCGAUUUCGAUCUGGUAUGUUCGGUCAGCCCAGUCAAAUUGGGACAACCUCAGAUACAACCUCGUCAGCUGGAAUUCGGGUGACCUUCCCAGAGCGUUCGCUGGACAGUGCAGGUGUUACUGGCACCCCUGCACAAAACACUCCGAGCGGCUUCACUUCAUCACAGCAAAGUCGUUUGCCUGUACUCGUGAGAGAAACGACUACCCCUGGACUACAACGUUCUACUUCAUCUCAACUGACGGACACAUCAAUGGGUACUGCAAUUCUUGGCAGCGCUAGCGAUGGAACUGCAAGACAGUUUACGACGGAUGGCAGUUUUCCUUCAAGGAGCUUAUCCAGUGAAGGAAGUAGGCCCGACAGCACUGGGUCGGAACUUCUUGGAAGUGGUCCUCAGUCCCGUUCGAAAAAAAUAAGACCGAAAAGAAGGAUUCUUCGCCGGCCAGAUACUCGAGUGACUUACUACGGUGGCAUGAGGAAGCCCAAGAGGAUUAACAAAAUCGGCGGCGUGAAUACUGAUCUAGCAGAGGCGAUUGCCAAAGUCACCCAACAAGAAUUGGAGUCUGGUAAUAUAGUCAUUCAUGAGCAGAAUCCGGACGGCACAUUCAAGUUGGAACUUCAUCUUUCAUGUCGCACCACAUCACCAAGGGGACAUCUGAAUAUCAGUGGGCAUGCACCUGUCGGUUUGCGUCCGAAAAAGGUUAUGAUCAAUGGAAAAGAAGUCUGGGUUGAAAAUUAG